AUGGCAGGCCGAUGCUGCAUAAUUAGCAUCCUACUGGUGGCCGGCGUGUCCCUCCAGACGGCAGCUCUGAUGACCGUGGGUUGGCUUGAAACAAUCGACAUCCCAUUUUACGGUGUCAGAUCUGGCGUCUCAGCAACCGUGACCCUGUUUGGUAUCGGGUUCGGCCUAGGCUGGACACCUUCAUCUCCCGUUGUGGCUGCCGAGACUCCUACCACAGGUGCUACGAUAUUUCGCGUCCUCUCUUUCAAGGAACUUCAACUUCACCUUAGAAAGUUUCAAAAUAUUGAAGUUGCAAUUCAACACCAGACCAGGAAACAAGAGGAAAUGCAACAGAGUGAGGAGUUCGAGAAAUACCUGGCCGAUCUCCGCAUCACCGACCCAGGCGACAAUAAGAAGCACGUUUAG